AGAGCACUUUUUCACUGUGGAAAUGGCGCUUCACGGUGUGGAAGCCUGAAGUCAGGGAAACAUUUCGUGUUUGUUUGACAGUUUAAGUAGAUUUAGGGCCGUUUCUAUUAUUUAUGGUUAAAGGAGGGUCGGAUUAUGACAGAAGAGAGAGUUGGGAAAGUCUUCAAGAAAACCAAAGCAGUCGUGGCUCUGAAGCACUCACCAUCCUCAGACAGUGAAUAAUGCAUGACCUGACUGCCCAAGUCACCAGUAGCCUGCUGCCCUUCUCAAAGGUGACUGUAGAUGCUCUGGGGGAGGAUGAGAUCACUCUGGAUUCUGUUCUUCAGGGCAAGUUCACUGUUGGCCGCAGCGGGGUGGCCUGGUUGGCUUGUGGGCCCCAUCUGGAGGUUGUCCAUGCAGUGACAGGAGAACGGCUGUCUGCAUACUGCUUCAGUGGUGGAGGAGAGCACCCACCCAACGUUAUUGCUGCCAGGGACUUCAGCUGGGUGAAACGGUCUGGAUUGUUGGUGGGCUUGGAAGAAGCAGAGGGAAGCGUGCUAUGUUUGUAUGACUUGGGGCUGUCAAGGGUGGUUAAAGCUGUGGUUAUACCUGGACGGAUCACAGCUAUUGAGCCCCUUGUGAGUUAUGGUGGAGCUAGCACUUCAACACAGCACCUGCACCAGAGCCUGCGUUGGUUCUUUGGCAUUGCUGCCGUAGUAACAGAUCUUGGUCAUGUUCUGCUGGUGGACCUCUGUCUGGACGAUCUGUCCUGCAGCCAAAAUGAGCAGGAGGCUUCAGACCUUCAGGUAGUGACCAAAUCUCCUGCAGAGAUCCCCAGGCUCAGAGAGGUUAGCACCAGACAAGGCAGACAUCUUUGCCUCCAGCUAAAUGGGCCCAAUGGAGUCGGUGUUACAGCUUUGCAGUACAUCACUAGAACCAAUCAGCUGGCGGUGGGAUUUUCAGAUGGGUAUUUGCAGCUGUGGAACAUGAAGGCUUUAAAAAAAGAAUACCACUCACAGUUGGAGGGUGGGAGGGUGCCUGUGCAUGCAUUCACCUUCCAAGAGCCAGAGAACGACCCCAGGAACUGCUGCUACCUCUGGGCUGUGCAGUCAUCUCAGGACCUUGAGGGAGAUAUGGUCAGCCUUCACUUGCUUCAGCUGGCUUUCAGUGAAAGAAAGUGCCUGGCUUCUGGAAAGAUCCUCUAUGAGGGUCUUGAGUAUUGUGAAGAACGUUACAGCCAGGAUUUAAGUGGCAGGACUUUUCCUCUCAGGGCUCAGGCCACGAGCACACGGCUGCUCAGCUGCCAGACGAUUGAGAAAUUCAGACACCAUCCAGACAGAGACGACAGUAUGAAUGAAGUUGCAUCACCAGACACCAGUGUGUCCAUCUUCUCGUGGCAAAUCAAGGCUUACGGCCAGGGAACCCCAACAACCUACAUAGGAGUUUUUGACAUCAACCGCUGGUACCAUGCCCAAAUGCCAGACUCCUUAAGAACUGGAGAGUCUUUGCAUAAUUGCCCCUACCUGGCUGUGUGGUCGCUGGACUCAGUGGUGCAGAUGGUUUCUCCCCACAUCCUCAUAGACGUUGUUGUACAUGAGCGCAGUCUAAGCAGGGGCCUGCCCUUCAGCUGCCCGCCACCAGAACAGUACUUUAACCCCACCACAUAUAACUUUGAUGCUACGUGCUUGCUCAACACUGGAAUUGUGCACUUAACCUGCUCUGGGUAUCAGAAAGAGACUUUAGGUUUUUUGAAGAAGGUUGUUCCUUAUUCCAGUGAAAUCAUCUCCGCCAGCUACUCUCACUGCCUUAAGUCAGGCCUACUCUCAUCUCGCCUGGCCGACACUCAGCCCUCCAGCCUCUCUCAGGAGGAGAAGCUGGAUGCCAUCUUGUCAACAGCAGUUGAGACCAGCUCCCUGGGGAUGAUCACUGGCUGCAUCAAGCAGUGGACCGCAGAAGAACAACCAGGCUCUGCCCUGAAUCUGCGCUACAUCCUGGACUGGGCUUGGAACAAAGUUGUCCAGACCAAGGAGGACCUUGAUGGCAUCUGUGCUCCACUGUUUGACAGCUCCUCCAACUUUACCGACCCUCAGACCUUGCAGCUGCUGCAACACAGCCAGAGACUGCUCAGCAACCUUAGUGCCAUCUUCCACUGCCUGCUCAGCGAAGCUCAGGAGCUCACACAAAAAGGUCUGGCAGGUCUGAUGAACAAAAACAUGGUUUCCAGUUUAAUAUCCAAGUACGCUCAAGUCGUGCUGUGGUUCUGUCGUACCGGUUUACUCCCAGAAGGAUCAGAUGAAGAUGUCCUCCAGAUUUCCAGGCCUUUCUUCACUCACUCAGUCAUCAGCAACUAUUACACGAUACGCAGAGAGGAGCUGAUCAGGCUGGCCAAGGACAAGUGGUGUGCAGACUGCCUCAUGAUAGACGGUUUGGUCGGUCAGUGUGGUGAACGCUUGACCGGCCUAUGGAAAAGAGAUGAGGGUGGAACAGGACAGUACCCACCACCUACACUGCAUGCUUUGCUGGACACCUACCUGCUGGACAAUGUUGACGAAGCUUCCAAACAUGCAAUAGUAAUUUACCUCCUGUUGGAUGUCAUGUACUCCUUCCCCAAUAAAGAUGGAGCAUCUGUGGAGUCUUUUCCCACAGCUUUCGCCAUCCCCAUCGGACUGGUCAAGCUGGUACAGGGCCUCUGGCUACUGGACCAUCAUGACCAUCAGAGUUCAUUUGAGCUGCUCCUGCAUCCAGCUGCCUCUCAGUAUCAUUUUGAAUGGCAGCAUGAGCGUGUCCUGAAUGCACUGAUGUGCCAGGGCCAGCAAUCUGUGGCACUUCGAUACUUCCACGUCACAAAGCCCCCAAUUUCCUCCACCCCACAGGCCAAACUCAGCUUAUCUGUUUUGUUGCACAACAGGUGUCUUAUCGAGGCGUGGGGCUUACUUCGGCAGCACUCCAAUCGUCUAAACAUCGCCGAGCUGCUUGGCUUCCUGUAUGAGAGCUGCCAGGAGUUGGGCCUCAUCAAAGAGCUCCUCAAACUGCCCCUGUCUCUAAAUGAACAGGAGUGUUUGGAAAAGUUUCUCCAGGGUACAGGUGGUCUGCAAAACAGAGAACUGUUGAUGGUUCAUUACCUUCAGCAGGCUAACUACAUUCCAGCUCUGCAGCUCAACCAGAGUCUUAAAAUGAACCUGGUGAAUGAGCGAGACCCAAAGCUGAAAGAGCGAUCCAUCACCAGAAACUCCAUUUUGGAUCAGUACGGCAAAGUUUUACCCAGAGUGCAAAGAAAAUUGGCAAUGGAGAGAGCCAAACCUUAUCAAUAUCCCAACACUAUCCACAGAGGAGAUUCUUGUCCGCAGCCUCUGUCGACCAUCACAAAGCAUUCUUCCAAGGAGAAAGUGAUGUCCAGAGCGGGAUUUAUCAACAAUGUCCUCACUAAGAUUGAAGAGGUGUGGUUGGGCAAAGAAGCCACACCACAGUCCUCCCCAGCAAGGAGGGGAGCUCAUGUUCAGACCCCCAGCCCAUCUGCUUAUCGUGAUCCCUUUCUGGGAACCCCCAUCACCAUGACUUCCAAACGAAAGUCAAGGUUGAUGGAUUUGGUGGUACAUCCCUCCUAUCAGAGCCCUCAGCCUCUCCUCAGCCCUCCCAGACCUCCUAGCUCCUGGGUUUCUCCAAAGAGCAUCUGCAAAGUCCCUGAACUCAGUUUGCUGCAAACGCCACAAGUUGUCAAAAGAGCUCGGGCCUUGGCUGCCUCGGGCCCCGUGUUUACAGCUUUCACCCCUCAGUCCAUCCUGCGCAGCAGCCUGAGGCCCACACCCGUUGCUACCCCUUCUGCCUCCCCGGGGCGCUCCAUCACCCCCCCACUCCGCAGCAAAGAAAGCCGAAUCACCUUCAUUGAAGAGGCCGAUGUCCCUGAAACGGAGAAGAGCAUCAGAUGGACUAACGGAAUGGCAGCGGAAAGCGAGAUCAGCCUGCUGACCAGAAGCUCCACAAUAUCUAAAGCAGUGUGCAAGUCCUGGUCCUCACAGCCUGCUGAGGAGGAAGGGGAGGAGGAAUUGGACGAGGAAGCAGAGCAACCUCGCUUAAAGUUCUUACCUCCAAAAGGCGGUAUUCCCUCAGCACAGCUCCGUUGCUCAGAGAGCGAGUCGUCCUCCACCCACGAAGUGGCUGCAGAAGCAAACCCCCCCGACACAGCUCAGGCACAUCUCAGCCUGAGCCUUGACACCAGCAAAGUGUCUGUUCGCUCUACUGACACCACUCUGGAGUACUAUGAUGCCCCUCUUUCAGAAGAUCACGAAGCAGACCCUGAGCAAGCAGCUCCACACCAGGAGGACGAUGUGGUGACACUGAACAUCAAACCUCUGGCUGGAAUGGAAGACGCCGAGGAAAAGCCUGAAGCAACCACUGAGCAGCCCCCACAGCUUCAAUCACAGGAAGCAGAGGAGGAAGAGGAGGAAGAUGAACCCUUUGAGGAUGUGCUGGACACUAGUCUCCAACAUCAGAAAAAGGACGAGGAAGAAGCUGAGUCCAAGGCGGAGGAUGACUCCAAGACGGAGGACGAGUCCAAAACGGAGGACGAGUCCAAGACGGAGGACGAGUCCAAGACGGAGGACGAGUCCAAGACGGAGGACGAGUCCAAGACGGAGGACGAGUCCAAAACGGAAGACGAGUCCAAAAUGGAGGACGAACCACAUGUUGAGCUCGGCAGUGAACAAGAAUCCAUUUCAACUCGUCACCAAGAAGAGGCGCCCACUCAUCACGAAGCUGGUAACCAGAUAACUGAGAGCUCAGACUCUGAGCUAAGGCCUGAGGAGAACUCAGUGAAAGCUGAAGGACUGGACCUUCAGCCAGAGUUCCCAGACGGUCCAGAGCAGAGCGUCGAGCCGCCGGAACCGUUUGCAGGAGCUGAAACUGGAAAUGAAAUGGCGGCAGAGGAUCUGGAGCAUUCCACAGAUCUGACAGAGUUUGUGCAGCAGCACCUGUUUGGUGGAGACCUGUCUCCUCCUCUCACCCGCUCAGCCAUCCAUGAUGCAUCAAGGGCCCAGACCUUUUUGAGCAGCGAGUCGUUGGGGGGUGGAGAAGAGGAGGAGCAGGCUGCCGUGGAAGCUCCUCCGGUGUUCACCACCCAAAAAUCUACUCCAUCUGUUACCUCCUCAGAACCAACGGGCACAGACUCCCACUCUGUAGUAAGUGUCAACGACAGUGAAGAGCUAUCUAGCCCUGCCUCUGAAGACGAAGAGGAGGAGGAGGAUUCAUCUGAUCAAGCUGAUGGACAAGAAGAAGAGGAGGAGGAGGAGGAGGACUCUGGCAGUGAGGUGGAGAUCAUUCAGGAGGUCCAGGGCAAUGGGAGACUGCCACCCCUUCAGCCCAGCUCGCUCUUUGUACAGGAGGAGCACACACACUACGUUUCUGAGCAGGAAGCUGCUGAGCUUUCUCUGAUCGCACCCAGCGCUGAGAUAAAGAUGGUGGAGGAGGUCCUGGAGGGUGAGGUGUUGAUGGUGAGACUGGGGGCAGAUGAGGUAGAGAUGAAUCCAGACGAGGACAUGGAGCAGGGUUCAUCAUAUGUGGAGCUCAAACCUUCCACCACGCUCCUGGUCCCCCUGGAGCUGGUGGAGGGACAGCACGGCCUGGCCGACGGCCCUCAGCUGGAUCUCCCUGAGCUUCAGCAUGCUGUUUUAGCAGCUGACCUGCAGUCGGAUAGCCGCCCCAGCUUCUCCCUGAUGCUGGAUGCUGACGAGGAGGACCUCAAAGAGGUGGUGGCCCUGCCCGCCGAGGACGAGCUGCUGUCACCCGUCCCCUCCAGUCUGCCUCCCGUCGUGGAGAUUAGCCACGAACUUUUGGCCGAACCCGAUCUCAUUCCUCUGAGCACAGAUGGAGGAGAUAUUCCUUUACUUGAAGAAGCCUCGCAAGAGCACAAACGGGAGGAGAUGGAUGGUUUGGAGGGAAUGUCCGCUGCCGGGUGGAAUGAAGGAGAGCCGGUGGAGCUCGGUCCUGAGCCACAGACUGAACACGCUGCAGCAGGGCAGGAGGCCCAUGAUGCUGGAGAGGAACAAGCUGUGGAGUUAGUUUUGUUACCUGAAGAUCAGGAUUCUGAUUCACUGGCGUUCUCUGUGCCACCUGUAGCGGAGGAGCUUCCAGCAGUCAUCAAUGAGGAAGAGCCUGUGGUUAAUACGGAGACGGUGGAGGAGGAGAUCAGAGAGGAAGACGAAGCCACAGCUGCUGAGCAGCAGCCUGAGGCUGCUGAGCAGCAGAAGUCUGGGGAGAACGGCUCUGUACAUCCAGAUGUGGAGAUGGAGCCAGCUGUGAUGGAGGGCGAGCAGAAGAACGACGUCAUUGUCUCAGCGGAGUCAGAAACUAAGACGGAGGAGCAAACAAACCAAGAAGUUGGACUUCAAAAUGCUGAAGAGGAAAUGCCUUUGGAACCGGUUUUGAGCUCAGACAGCCAGCCGGACAAAGAGCCCGCACCACAGAACGCCACCGCCCAGAAGACCAAGGCUCCUUCAACGCCAACGCGGAGGAUGACGAGAGGGAGGAAUGUCACCUUCAUCUCACCGCCUCCAGAGCCAGAUGAGGACGCAAACGGUGCCAGAUUAAGCCCCGAGGUCCCAGCUUCACAGAGGCGGACGGCUAGAAAAGCAGCUGAGACCAGACGCCAAACCAGGACCCCUCCAAGACGAAGCCACAAAAGUCAGCCCGACCAUCCAGAGGGCGAAGGGGCCGAGGACGUGGACGAUGACACCCGGGCUGCUCCGGCCUCCACAGCCGCUUCCCCCGCCCGACGCUCGCAGAGGGCCGCGGCUCUGAGGUCCAGCCAGAGAAUCCGAGAUGCCAGCGAGGACACCUCCACAGACACAGACGAGGACAGCAGGGACGAGGAGCACCAGGAGGACCAGCUGGCCGCAACGAUCGGACGACGAACCGCCCCCAAGACUCCGACGCCAUCGAAGCGCCGGAACGCUCAGGACAAGACGCCCAGGCGGUCCAGCCGGCGGGCGGCGGACAGCAGCGCGGUGGAGCCGCUGCAGCUGGAGGUGGUGGAAGAGGAGCCGGACUCCCCCGUCCGCACGGUGAAGCGCAGCACCCGAAAGACCAGGGCGGAGGCGCUGCCCGCCCUGCCGGAGGAGGGAGAGGAUAAAAAAUCCCCGCCCUCCAGCCCAGGGAGGUCAACCCGACAGUCCAGCCGCGUUAUCCUAAACGUGUACCCACAGGUGAAACUGGUUCCUGUAUCCCUCCCUCAGAGCACCAGGAAGACCAAGCUCCGGGCGGCUGCUGUAGACGCAAAGGAAAGCGAGGAUCUGAGCGAGUCUGAACUUGGCAGAAAUGCCAGCCAAAACAACUCCCGUCGGCCCACUCGAAGCAAACUUUGGCACCAUCCCGAGGAGGAUCUGCCCCUACUGGACUCCCCGCUGGAGGUGGACUCUGAAACUCCCGUGGCAGAUGCCCUCAUCAAGAGACUGCAGGAUGAGGAAGAGAAGCAGGAGGGAGCACCAGAGAUGGAGAGAACCAGGAAGAAGAGCACAAGAAGCGCAUCAUCCAUGGAGCAGGUUUCCUCUCUGCCCCCAGUGGCAGACGGCCUGGAACCCGCAGAUAAAGAGGAGGAGGCUAGUCCGGCUGAACAUUCCUUCAUCUACUCACCGGCCCGCAGCAGGCGGACCAGAGCUCACAGAGAAGAGUCUCCAGAGCCAAUAGAAGAGCCGGAGGCACCUGUGACGCGCAGCAGGAGAAGAGCCAGGCACGCCGCUCCUCAGGAGACGGUUUCUUCAGACGAUCAUGUUGAAGCUGAAAAGGAAACUAGUGUUUCUAGACCCAGAAGAACAGGAAAACGAAUGGCCAAAUCCAAAGCAGUUUUGGAGCCUCCUCCCAUGGCAGAAGUGGACCUGAUCUCCCCUCUGCCCAGUCCAGCCGAUCCGCUCCCGAAAGUGCUGAAGAGAAUUCCAGCUGGAGACGUACAAACCACCAGCAGGAACCUGCGGCGUAAACGCAUAAUGGACACUGUCUUCACCAAACCCGUCACCAGGAGGAAGAAACUGUAA